GAGCCUGCCGCUGCCAUGCCUCCCCGCGCGCGCCGCCAGCGCCGGACCCCGGCCGCCGCCCGGGCCGCCGGCCGGCACGGGCUCCCGCCGCUCGCGCCGCGCCCCUGGCGUUGGCUGCUUCUGCUCGCUCUACCCGCCGCCUGCUCCGCGCUGCCGCCGCCGCGCCCCGUCUACACCAACCACUGGGCAGUGCAAGUGCUGGGCGGCCCCGGCGCGGCGGACCGCGUGGCUGCGGCUCACGGCUACCUCAACUUGGGCCAGAUUGGAAAUCUGGACGAUUACUAUCAUUUUUACCACAGCAAGACCUUCAAGAGAUCAACCUUGAGUAGCAGGGGCCCCCACACCUUCCUCAGAAUGGACCCACAGGUAAAAUGGCUCCAGCAACAGGAAGUGAAGCGCAGGGUCAAGAGACAGGCGCGAAGCGACUCUCUUUAUUUCAAUGAUCCCAUUUGGUCCAACAUGUGGUAUAUGCAUUGUGUUGAUAAGAACAGUCGCUGUCGGUCAGAGAUGAACGUCCAGGCGGCGUGGAAGCGUGGCUACACAGGAAAGAACGUGGUUGUCACCAUCCUCGAUGACGGCAUAGAAAGGAAUCACCCAGACCUGGCCCCCAACUAUGACUCCUAUGCAAGCUAUGAUGUCAACGGAAACGAUUAUGACCCAUCACCGAGAUAUGAUGCCAGCAAUGAGAACAAACAUGGUACUCGCUGUGCGGGAGAAGUCGCUGCUUCGGCCAACAACUCCUACUGCAUCGUGGGCAUAGCAUAUAAUGCAAAGAUAGGAGGCAUCCGGAUGCUGGAUGGUGACGUGACCGACGUGGUUGAGGCCAAGUCUCUGGGCAUCAGACCCAACUACAUUGACAUUUACAGCGCUAGUUGGGGGCCAGAUGAUGAUGGGAAGACCGUGGAUGGGCCUGGCCGUCUGGCUAAACAGGCUUUCGAGUAUGGCAUUAAAAAGGGCCGCCAAGGUCUGGGCUCCAUUUUUGUCUGGGCCUCCGGGAAUGGUGGGAGAGAAGGGGACCACUGCUCCUGUGAUGGCUACACCAACAGCAUCUACACCAUCUCUGUGAGCAGCACCACUGAGAACGGCCACAAACCCUGGUACCUGGAGGAAUGUGCUUCCACCUUGGCUACCACCUACAGCAGCGGGGCCUUCUAUGAACGGAAGAUCGUCACCACGGAUCUGCGUCAGCGCUGCACCGACGGCCACACUGGGACAUCUGUCUCAGCCCCCAUGGUGGCUGGCAUCAUUGCCCUGGCUCUAGAAGCAAACAACCAGUUGACCUGGAGGGACGUGCAGCACCUGCUAGUAAAGACGUCACGGCCGGCUCAUCUGAAGGCGAGUGACUGGAAAGUCAACGGAGCUGGGCAUAAAGUUAGCCAUCUCUAUGGAUUUGGCUUGGUGGAUGCUGAAGCGCUCGUCCUAGAGGCAAGGAAGUGGACGGCAGUGCCAUCCCAGCACAUGUGCGUGGCCACCGCAGACAAAAGGCCCAGGAGCAUCCCCGUAGUGCAGGUGCUGCGGACCACAGCCCUGACCAAUGCCUGUGCAGACCACUCCGACCAGCGUGUGGUGUACCUGGAGCAUGUGGUAGUCCGAAUCUCUAUCUCACAUCCACGCCGGGGCGACCUCCAGAUCCACCUGAUUUCUCCCUCGGGAACCAAGUCUCAACUUUUGGCAAAGAGAUUGCUGGAUUUUUCCAAUGAGGGGUUCACGAACUGGGAGUUCAUGACCGUCCACUGCUGGGGAGAAAAGGCUGAAGGCGAAUGGACCCUGGAAGUCCAGGAUAUACCAUCGCAGGUCCGCAACCCAGAGAAACAAGGAAAGUUGAAAGAAUGGAGCCUCAUUUUAUAUGGCACCGCAGAGCACCCAUACCGCACCUUCAGCUCCCACCAGUCUCGCUCACGGAUGCUGGAGCUUUCAGUCCCAGAACAGGAGCCUCUCAAAGCUGAGGGACCACCACCGCAGGCAGAGACUCCAGAAGAAGAGGAAGAAUACACAGGUAUGUGCCAUCCCGAGUGUGGUGAUAAAGGCUGCGAUGGUCCCAAUGCAGACCAGUGCUUGAACUGUGUCCACUUCAGCCUGGGGAACUCCAAGACAAACAGGAAGUGUGUGAGCGAGUGCCCCUUGGGCUACUUUGGGGACACAGCAGCAAGACGCUGCCGUCGAUGCCAUAAGGGAUGUGAGACGUGCACAGGCAGGAGCCCAACACAGUGCCUGUCUUGUCGCCGUGGGUUCUAUCACCACCAGGAAACGAACACAUGUGUGACCCUCUGUCCUGCCGGACUUUAUGCUGACGAAAGUCAGAGACUCUGCCUCAGGUGCCACCCGAGCUGUCAGAAGUGUGUGGAUGAACCUGAGAAGUGCACUGUGUGCAAGGAGGGAUUCAGCCUCGCACGGGGCAGCUGCAUUCCGGACUGUGAACCAGGUACCUACUUCGAUUCUGAGCUCAUCAGAUGUGGGGAAUGCCAUCACACCUGCCGGACCUGCGUGGGGCCCAGCAGAGAAGAAUGUAUUCACUGUGCAAAAAGCUUCCACUUCCAAGACUGGAAAUGUGUGCCGGCCUGUGGUGAGGGCUUCUACCCGGAGGAGAUGCCUGGCUUACCCCACAAAGUGUGUCGAAGAUGUGAUGAAAACUGCCUGAGCUGCGAGGGCUCCAGCAGGAACUGCAGCAGAUGUAAAGCCGGCUUCACGCAGCUGGGGACCUCCUGCAUCACCAACCACACGUGCAGUAACGCCGAUGAGACCUUCUGCGAGAUGGUAAAGUCCAAUCGGCUCUGUGAACGGAAGCUCUUCAUCCAGUUUUGCUGCCGCACCUGCCUCCUGGCUGGGUAGGGCGGGCGCCAGCUGCCACAGAGGGCAGGGUCCUCCUGUCUGCCCUUUUGCCCAGCUACCUUCCUACAGAUGGCCAGCCAUAGCCCAUUCCUUGGGGUGGCCCUGCGUCUGACAGCUGUGCCCCUCCCCCCCAGAGCUGGGUCCCACUGCAGCAUCUCUGAGCACCUGAACUAGGUGGAGGUGGCCCUUAAGGAUACGUGGCUAAAUCGGCAAAAAUCCCCCUGAACUCUGCUUGCUGGCUGCAGUCUAAAGCUGGACUCGAAAUAGGAACAGAGUGAAUUAUGAGACUCAUGCCUGCAGCUUCGGAGUGGCUUCCGGGACCCUAGUUUACUGAAACUUCAAGACCAAAGCAGAAAAAGAGAGAUGCCUGGCAUCCCAUCAAGUCCUCCUCCCACACAUUCGUGUGACCGUGACAGAUCUCACCCAGUUGGCUGGCAGGACCCCAUGCUGUCCUCACAUAUGAUGAAGGGCCUCGCUUCCUCCCCAUGCAUCACUGGCCACCAAACAGCCUGAGGGACGGUUUGAUGAGACUAUAAAUAAAAGAGGUUUCAGGGCCUAAGAUGUAUGACCACUGGGGAUAGAACCUAUGUCUACACAGCUCCUUCCGAAACUGCAGCCCCCUGACUGGAAGGCCCGGCACCAGACUGAAGUAGGUCCUACUCAUCCUCUCCUCAGCAUUCUCCUCUGAGUGAGCUGAGCUGUCCACGUGACUGUUCAACCUGUGUCCCAGGGGCCUCCUGGGCCUGAGCCACCAGCCAUCUACAGAUACAGAGCCUGUGGAGGAGGGUCCAAAGGAGCUACUUAAGGCUAGCCGAAAGACCUCUGAUGGCCAAGCAGUUCCUCCUUAUGCAAAGCCAGCCCCAAAUCACUAAUCGCCAGCCCUCCAUGGCACACAACUGCUUCUCAAGUGCAUUUGGCCUCCACACUCAGGACUCUGUUCUCGGGUGGACGCUGCUCUGGCCCAGUAUAGUACAAGCCUACAUUGAUAGAGCUGGAUUGAUUUUUCUGCCAAGCCUGUGUGGGCAUUUUAUAAGCUAGGUGUUCUAAUUUUUACCGAUGUUAAUUAUUUUGACAAAUAUUUCAUAUAUUUUCAUUGAAAUGCGCAGAUCUGCUUGGUCCAGUUCCCUUUAACGUGGGAAUAACAUUUGCCUUAAAUUUUUCCAACCUCGUCUCUCUCCAUAUGGUCCUGCUCUCCUCUCUGAGUAUAAUGUGUUUUGCCUUGUCACCUGUAAGUGGCAAGGACUCAGCUGUUGUCUGUUGAAUCCACAACUUCAAAUAAGAAAUCAGUGAAGCAAAUCUAAUGUUAACCCUGAGUUAAUAAAAGAGUUAACAUCCCAUUGCAAA